UGGCCGUGGCAUGCCGUCAUCGUCGGGACCGACUACCACUGCGCAGGCGUCCUCGUCUCCGACCACUGGGUCCUGACGGUGCCUCGCUGCGCCAGGGAGGUGUCAGAGGUGUACCUGGGGCCGCUCAAGCUGAGCGUCACGCCGUUCAACCAGGUGCGGACGGUUGAGAAGAUAGUGGUUCAUGAGGAGUACGACCCGCGCACGCAGCACGACAGCAUCGCGCUGCUCAGACUGGACUCGCCUGUGGUUUUCACCGAACACGUCAAGCCGAUAUGCCUGCCCCUGGACGAGAUAGAUCCCGAGGGGAACGUGAGCUGUUUCGUCACCGGUUUCGGGUUCGCCUCGAACGCGUCAAGAGCUUUCCCGGACUUCCUGCAGCAUAAGGCGGUUCGCGUGAUGCGUCAAGACUGGUGUACCUUCACUUGGAACGUGGUUGGAUUUUUCUUCGAUAAGCGAAAUCUGUGCACGGAGAUUCAGGACAGCGGGGCGUGCGAUGGGGAAAUAGGAGACCCACUGACUUGUCAAGUGGGUGGAAAAUUUUAUCUAGUCGGAUUGCUGUGCAAUCGUCACACGGAUUGCAAGAAGGGUUUUAUACCAGAUAUUUUCAUAAGGAUAUCAGAAUACAACUACUGGAUAUUUGAUAGCAUCGCUAACAACGGUUAG